AUGGCGUGGCCGCCGACCCCGACAGCUUCGCCGUCUGCGAAGCAGACGCCUCUUGCCUCUCUGCUGCCGCUGCACCAGUUCUUUCCGUCCUCGCCGGGGUGCUCUCCGACCUCCCGUCACUUCGACGUCUCUCCACAGGCUCUCGGCUUUGGAAUUUCUGAAAGCACCAGCCCCACGACGGGAACCAACGCUCUGCGCGCAGCGUUGGCGGGCAUGCCCGCCACGUCUUCGCAGGCGGCCCGAGGGAUGUCGCUGCCGACCUCGUCCGGAGGAGGUGUCUUCGGACUCAGCGCCGGCCAUGCUCUCUCCUCGACGCCCGAUUCGCCCCGGUUUUCUCCCGUCAGACGAACAGCCAGCCCGUCCGCGGCGCUGCUGUCCAAGGUGCUCGUGGGGGGCGCAGGGUCACCGAGUGGGCACGUGACGCCGUCCUCGUCCCUCCAGCUCACCACCUCCCCGACUGGAGACCCGUUCCCGCUCUUCGCCACGACUUCUACCUCGUCGGAUUCGGACACAGCCCCCUUUGGAGGUGCAGGACACGGCGCAGAGGGCUCUGCCGCGGGCUCUGAGACUCCCACGCUGCUUCUCCCUCUCACCCGGCGACGGAGCGACCGAGAGCCCGCUCUGCUCUUCAGCACCUCUGUCUCGGCGUCCUCGACAUCAGACGCAGCCACAAUGUCUCCGACAGGAGAACGACCCUCAGGGGUCGAAAGAGGAGACGCAGGUGCAGACGCGACUCCGAUGGGCGCUGCCGCCGCAGCGCUCAACCAGUGUGGACUGGACUUCAGUCCCCGCCUUCUCAACACCCCCCGGUCUGGCCACCUUUUUUCUCGGGUCUUCUCCCCCACGGGUCGCGCGGGCUCAACCGCGCUUCUCACGGAUGGGGGUAGCCACCCCGCGCUCCUGGUCCAGCAAAAUCCGUUGCAACCGUUGUCCAAGGGAGACGAAGCGGCCACGCUGUUGACGGGCGCCUUGUCUUCAGGAGCGAAGGACUCUCGACAACGAGGUGGCGCCUCGCCUCCUGAGGACUCCCUGCCUGAACCGUUCGCGUCAGAAAACGACAACUGCCUCCAGAAAGCAGCCGCGGGCCCCCCCGGCGCGAGUAUUACUCGAACGAUGAGUGGAGCCCGAAGUGUCUCCUCGCCGGCGUCACGCCAGGGUUCUGCCUCGCGGCCGCGGGGCGCGAGCUCGGGCUCCAGUGUCCGCCGGACCCCGCCGCCGUCGCUCCUGGACCCUUCCUUUCUGUUCCACCCAGCUCAGGGCAUGGACAGCAGCAGCUGCUCGCGCAGCCCGGCUUUGUUUCUGUUCGACGACGCAGCUUUUGGGAUGGGAGGCAAUGGGUUGGGCCCCGGCUGUGGGUCUCUGGAGAGUGUCGGACCGAGCGGAGCCGUUUUGGGAGCAGGGACGCGGGGGUCUUCUGGCGGUGGGGGUGGUGGAUCCUUUGACGCCUUCGGGGGCACGCCCUUCUCGCCGUCGUGCUUCUCUCUUCCUUCAUUGUUUGGGGUCGGAACUGCGAAUGCACCCUUCUUCUCUCCGUCGAAUGCAGCGGCCUCUCCCGCCGGCGCCUCAGCCCUGGCGGCCGCGACGCAGAGACUCCUGUGCCACACAGGCGGCGGGGCCUCUCCGGGCUCUCCUCUUCACUUGCCGCUUCUCUCUCAGCGACAGCAGCUUCUUCUGCACCAAAGCAGCCACCCGCGCCGCAACAGCUUCCCGUCUCCGACCUCCGGAGGCGGCCGAGGCCCCUCCACCCCGACGGGCGCUGACCCGCUGUUUGGCGUCUUCUCAGUCUCGACAGCUAGCCAGCACGACAGCGGAGACACACCCCGCGCCCGGAGAAGUGGCGACUGCGGCGGGUCAGACCCGCGGGAAGCCCGCGCAGACAGAGCACUGCCUGCCGUCCAGACUCCCCAGGGCUCCCUCCCGUUUCCUUCUCUUCUCGAGCUCGACGCCGGGAAGGAUAGAGGCAGCGGGAUGUCGGGCGCUGACCCCUCUCUGUUUUAUUCUUCACACCUGUUUCUCCAGAACGGCGGGACCCGAACGCUGUCGUCUCCGCGGCAAGGGUCCGCCGUCCUCCGCUCUGCGGCCUGCGGCGGCGCACAGACCGCCACCGACCGCGCCGCGGCGGGCGGAGACACCGCGGGCCUGCCCUUCUCCGGGAGCGUGGCUUCCCAGGAGGGCGAGGACCAAGAGCGAGAGGCCGCGACGCUUCUGGAGGGUUCCCAGGGCACCCGGGAGGGACUGGCGAAAGAGGAACGACCCCACCUCGGCCCCGGCCACUCAAGUGUGUCUCACAGAGCGUCCUUUCUGCCUUCCGUCCUCCACACUCCGUCCUUCCUCCCCUUUCCGGAAUGGCAAGAUAGGAGCAACUUCGCGGCUUUGAUGCAGCCAGGCCAACGCCCCGAGACGCUCCCAGGCGCCUCCGAGCCAGACUGGUCCAAACCGACAGUCUCCACCGUGGCGUCGACGGCCGAAGAGAGGACGGAGGGGGACAGUGCGGUUCAAGGCGGUGACGGGGGCCUUGUCGGAUCGCAAGACAAGCCUCACGUUGCCCAAGGCGAACUCACAACGCGAGCAGGAGCGUUGGAGACACAACCCGAGACCGAGGGCGGGAACUUACAGAAGGCAUACGGCGUCUCGCCUUCCCCCUUGGGGACGCCUUCCUCUCUGGGGCUCUUUGGGCGUGAGGCCGGUGAGGGAAAGGAAACGCCGUCGUCGCGUGCGUCGGCCGAAAACCGUUCACAUCCAGCGACAGGUCAGCCGAAGAACGCGAAGCCGUACCCUGCAGCCGGUGCCUUGCAGGCUGGGUCCCAGCCUGGGGCUGCGGGUCCAGUCUCUCCGACCAAGGCCGAGACCGAGGGGUCGCCCUCGGGGACCAAGGCCUCAAAGAGUGGCGCCUCCGGCUUUCUAGCCGCUUUUGAAGAUGCCGCCUUCCAACAGCCGUCCGAGGAGUUUAUCGGGUACUGCGUGCAGAAGCACCAGGCGCGUUACCCGACGCCUCAGAACCUUCCAGGGAUUCAGAUGGAGCAACAACAGAGACGCUGGUGCGCCUCCGUCUACUACCGCGGCUGCCAACACAAGCGGCGCUUCAGCAUGGGUCGCUGGGGCCCUCUGGGCGCGUUCUACGCGGCGAUUGAGUGGCGUCAGUCCCAUUACUCACGCCUGAACUCGUUGAAGGGAAUCCGGUCGCCAGGCAAUUCCGAGGGCGCCCCCGGCAGCGAUCACAAGAAACGCAGAAGAAGAAGCAGCUCCGGCAGCUGCAGCAGCCGCAGCCACCCGGCGCUGGCCCGUGGCUCUGUCGGGCCUCCGGGCCCGGGGAGCCUCGCUGAGUCGGCGCCAAGCGAAGGUCCUGAGGGGACUGAGACCGCCCCAGGUUCGGGCCUUCCGGGGAUGGCGGGAGGCGUAAAGAAGGAAGAAGCUGGAUGUGUCAGCGAGGCGACUGGAGCAGGCGCGGCAGCUGCAACUGGACUGUAUCCCGCGCCGCGCCAGACGUCGGGCGGAGACGGGGAGCCCGUUGGCUUCUACCGAAGGGGCUCUGGAGGCGAGGGAGUCUCGGUGGGCGAGAAGGCGGGUGCACCAGCGCUCGUGGCGAUCCAAGGGAAAGAGGAAGAAAGUGAACAGCUGCAUGGACUGCCGGAGGCGGUCGCCGAGGCAAACACGCAGAGAUUCGGGGAUGAGAACGCGAGGGACCCGCAACAACCGUUUGUGGGGCGGCUCGAGUCUGCAGAUGGCACGGGCACGACUGCAUGCGACAGAACUGGAUACCCGUUCUUCAGCGGGUUCCAGGUGCCUUCUGGCGAGGAAAUCGACGAGAACGCGGUGUCGGAGAUCGGAGGCAAGGAAGGCCUUGAUGUCGAGCGGAAGCGGAGAAGAGAAAACGAAUUUGAUAGCCGGUCUCUCCUGGGCAUGAGUAGUGUGCCGACUGCAGACGGCGCCUUUGGGUGCUUUCAACAGAACGGGGCCCCGGGUUUCGGGUCGUCGCUGAUCAGAGGUGAAGAGGAUAGACCGGACGGAACCGGAAACGUCCACUCCUCUCACUCGACGCCGGGAACAUGUCCCUCGUUCAACUCUCCCCAAGUGCCCCACACCCAGAGCUUGUCUCAAGGAAGUGUGCCAGAGGGGAGCUCGCCGCAGCUCCCGCCACCGUUCUUGAGCUGGAACGAGGACCGGCCUGCGAGCGGACGAGACGCGACGACCACUGUCUGUUCCUUCAGUGGCUCUUUUCUGCCAACGGGAGCAGAUUCGCACUUCCACGAUCCGCGAGAACUCGGAAAAGACGUGGGCGCUUCCCUGCCUUCGCAGCUGCACGUGUCCACGAACCAUGCGUUCAACCCCGGAGCCGUGGCGCCCUACAACACGUCAGGUCUCCCUGGGUUUCCAGGUACCCUUUCGGCGACGCCUUGCCGCCAGGGCGCGGGAUUCGUGUCUGGUGGAGUUGGGGUGUACGGACAGGAGACACCGCCAGGCCUAGGCAUGGGCUUCAUGCAGCCGCAGAACGGACCUUUCGACAUGCAGCACCUCCACUCGCUACCUUCUCACCAGAUGUACGGUCACUUGCCGCAUCUCUCAGGGAGCUUGGGCGCCAUGGGGCAAAACGGCAUGCGUCCCCCGGGGGCGUCAAACGCCUCCGGCGUUCCUCUCGCUUCUUCUCUCGCUGCCUAUCCCACAGGCGUGGUUUCGCAUUCCGGGCAGCUCGCCAUUGGCCAACCCCCGCUGUCCCCGUCUCAGCCCCUGCCAUCUGGGGGGGGCCUGUCUUCGUCGCAUCUCUUGCCGUCGCCCCACAUGUACGGAUCGUGGAUGCAGAGCGCGAACAGCCAGACGCUGAAUCCUCCGAAUUUCUUGCUGGGCGCCUCAGGGGCUCCGACUCAGACCUCUCCUAUGUCCUCGACGAGGUUCCCGCCUUGCCAGUCGACGGUCUCGCCUUCACUGGCUCCAGCCGACGCCCACGGUCUCACCGCACCCCCGUUCGGAGCCUCUGUCCCCACGGGGCCUGUGCAGAGCGCGCGGGCGAAGGGUGGCCGGAAGGAGGGGCCUGGGCUUGCAUGCGCGGGGGGUACAGAUAUGAGGAAGAGCACCUCCCGAGAGAAGCAAGCCGGCUCAGGUCCCGCUAGAAGUCGUCGCACAAAGGGAGCCGCGAGCGCCUCGAACGGAGGCAGUCUCUUCCCGGUGUCUCCCUACGCGGCACCCGUCGACCCCACUGGCCCGGCUUCUUCGUUCUCGCCCCCCUUCAGGCCCCUCUCGAACUCAGGGUCCCCGCCACUCGCCCCGGCGAAUAGCGACGGCGCCGCGCCGGUUGAGUGGCACGAGGGCUUCCGACGCCCCUUCGGCACCGAGGGGAGGCAACAGCUCCUCCGACACCUCCGACAAGUCUACAACGCAGACAGCGCGUACUGGGGAGAGCGGCUUCGACACGCAAACAUCGCGUUCAGUCGCAUUGCGUACGCGACCGUCGCGGAACUCUGGAAGAUCGCACACGUCAUGGACUGCUUCCCCAUCGCGCUCGCCUUCUCGAAUCGACACUCCGCCACCGCCUCGACGGGCGUCGAAGACGGAGGGGCCUUGACGGGGGCACCCGGCACGGGGGCAGUGGGCCUCCCGGGGGCCGCCGCGGUGGGCCGGCGCGCGUGCGGAGCCAAGGGCGAGAAGGCCAAGGGGUCCAGGCGAGGCAACUCCGGGAACGCCGGCGCAACUGCGAGUAGCAAAACCCCACAACUGAAGCAGACAAGCGCCCUCGCUGGGGGCCUCAGCUCGAGCGGGGCACACUUGGGUGUGAUAUCGGCUCCUCAGGAGGGCAGUGGAAACUUGCAGACGUCUCUGUUGUUUUCCGAGUCUGCUUUCCCAGAGGGGGGAGGCAGUCCGGUUCAGUCCUGUGUCGACGUGCAGGAUCCGAGUGGGGUAGGAACCGGCGCCGCUGCCCCGGAGACACCUGGAGACGGCACAGGGCCCGAGGGGACUGGAGGCCUGCAGGGGUCGCGCGCGUGGGACCCGGUGACUGAGGACUUUUCGGGUGCUUUCGAGCAUGCAGGUGUCUCGGGACGGUGUUUAGCCGGCAUGCCGGAGGUCUCUCUCGGGGCGCGAACUGUGGGGUGCGGCCGGGGCCCGAGCGAGCAAGGCCCAGUAUCUCCUGGACAAGAAGACGACGCGUCGGCGUCUCUCGGGCCUCAUUCCAGAGAAAGCGAGAAAUACUUCUCGGGGGACCAGCCCCUCUGCGUCCACACUUCUGAUGAAGCUGUCCACUCGACGGAGGGACUCAUCCUGAAGGCUGGGGGUGAGGAGUGGAGGUCGCGGUGUCUCGAGGCCCCUGGGGACAAGGCGUCUGGGAGUCAGAUGUGCGCGGGUCUCGGAGGCACCCAGGCGGAAGGGACAGACUCGGAAGACUGCAUGCUCGGGAUGGGGAAGGCGGGGAAGGUCGCGGAAUACCCUGUGAAGGAGGAGACCGGAGUUCAAGGCGACCAAGAGACAGAGAGCGUUAAACCGACUGCGGCCAAACCGAGAUCCAUGGGAACCAGCGGGAAGAGAAAAGAGGAAGGGGCCAGACAGCCCUCGCUCGUAGCUUGUGCACGCACGUUCGUUGCGGCCGACGGGGCAGAAGAAGGUGACAUCGAUGACGCUUCGGGAGACCGAGUUCUGUCCCUGCCGCGGGUGUGCACGGGGAAGAAGAAACGCGAAGCCAAGGCAAAGAAGGGGAAGGAAGAAGGCAACGCCGCUGUGGUCACAAGGAGGAAAGAAGAGGCACGAGCCGAGGGACAUCGCGAAGGGGAGACAUCCGCAGAGGUAGCCAAGACUCUUUCAGAGUUCGCCUUUGUCUCAGAAGAUGUUCAGACGCUUCCGUCAGUAGAAGGGGCAACUCAGUAA